CAAUGCCUUCAAGUUGCCUUAUCUCUUCGAAUACCAACAUCCAAAACCAUACCCCCUGGCUUGGCAGACAUUGGCGACACUGAGUCUUCUUUGACGCCUACUACCUUUGAUGGGCAGUGCCGCCGAUGCAGGCCGUUCAAAAGAUGGCCAUGUAUCAAAAUAGAACUCAGAAGCGAAGGCUUGCAAAGCCCCCAUCGUCGAUCGACUGCCAUGUUCCCUAGGCUUGUGAGAAGGCCUACGAGGACGAAGCAGAGGUCUCGUCCAGAACUCAGGAGGUCGCCAGCAGAAGAAUACCACGGCCAUUUUAGGGUUCACAACACAUACCUAUGCUUCGCCCGCUAUCCUCACCGAGCUACCCUCGACGUAUAAAGCACAUACCGUGCCUACACCACCAAGCCUGUUGAGUCUCCUACACUAAGUACAAGCUACGACUUCUCUUUACCUUUCCACCUUAGGUAUAGAUCCACCUCUACUGCAUUUCAAUGUCCGAGGCGAGAGAGAAAAAAAUCAGCACUACCUCUACCUACCAGUUCUCUUUCGACCCCAUCGCGAUCUUCUCUCAGAAGAAAAAUCUUCCACUGCCUCAACCAGUACUACUUACCUCCUUCCUGCCGCUCUAAUUCAAGAUGACGUCCAUGAAACCCAAAGAAUCCUCCACAGACCCUAACGGACAUGGAUCCGGCCAUCUCCACGCCAAGCUCGUCAACGAUGCCGAAAGCGUGCUAUGCCAAUUCAGCCUGCCCGUCUGUUCCACCAAACUAAUAGACGAAGUCAUGAACGAAACACUCUCCAUUUCCUCCGGUCCAGCACAGUGGAGCGCCUAUCACCAACUAGUCAACGUCCAACGACUCCAGCUGGAAUCCCUGUUUGAUUGCGUGCUCGGUUUCAGUGGGGCCGCUUGCACCGGAUUGAAGGGAGCACCAGGAGCAGGUGGACCGGCGGGAUCAGGAUAUAGAUCGGCGGCUGUGGUGCGAUCCGACAUUUUGAGGUCUAUCCUUCUUUCGCUCGCCAGUCUCACGUUUCUUCGACUGAGUACGACCAUCACCAUGGCCACGCAUGGCCCGCAUUUGGUCGGUCCAGGUCCGCGGGUGAAUGGGGCUAUAAGUAAAAUGCAGUUGGGCAGCGCGAGGCUUGUCAAUGAGGAAGGGCUGGCGUCCCUUAAGGCUGAUUGCGAACUUAUUGUCAGGCUUAUCACCCAGCUUACUGCUCCGCCUGGGAAGAAGACAGCCAAACCAGAUUCAGAAUGAUCGUAUUUCAGGCGCUGAGUGCUGGCAAAGUACCUGAAUGGGCUACUUACGUGUAUAAGAGAGUAAGAAAAGUGUUGAUUUAGCAGAAAGAAGCGAAGAGAAAUCCAUUUGUCUACUAAAGAAUGGUAGAGUUGAAGACUGACUGUACUGAUAUUUGACCGUAGUAUCUCUGCAAUGGACGGAAAUG